GAGAGGGGUGACGGUUGGCUCCGAGCGACAGACAGAGCGAGGGCGGAGGAAAGAAGCGAAAACACCGGAGCGGUCCGGCGGGGGAAAAGAGCAGCGCCUUCCGGGGCAGCACCGGAGAAGGAGAAGAAACCUCCGGCGGCCCGCAGCGGGGAAUAAAAUUUUAAAAAUUACGCGGAGGUGGAGGAGAGCGCGGAGCGUCCGAAACUGUCAUGGCCGCCACUGGGCCUCGUCUCCUAGCAACCGAUUGACCCCCCGUGACCCCUGUAUGCUGCCAACAGCCCAACAUUGUAGUGACAGGACUGGGGUCCCAUUGCAGCAGCAUUAACUCAAUUUCAUUCAAAGUCACUACACCUGUCCCUAUUGUUGCAUAUAUAACUGCACAUCAAUGUGGAUGUUUAGAUAUUAGAGGUACAGCUGUAACAUUUAUAUUUUGCUAACAUAUAUCUGGAGCUAUGCAGUCUGCUGUGGGCACUUCCCCUACCUGGGAGGCUGCAGGGCUGGCAGAGAGUGGAGGUGAGAGGAGGAACUCUGCUGGGAGCCCCCCUGCUGCCACCACAGCCACCAGCACCGUUGCUGCCAGCUGCACCAGCAGCCCCCCACUCAGUGCCAGCAGCCCCCUGCCGGAGAUGGAAGCCAACCCUCCGGCAGAGCCCAAGACCAGGCACAGACCCCCUCAGACCUUUGACCUCCUGAGCCUGGUGGUGGCUUUCAAGAGGCUAGAGUUCUUCGCAGAGCCGCUGUAUGACGCCUGGGAGAUGGUGAAGUAUUUAAUCAGAUGGAAAGCACCCAAAUGCUCCAUGUUGUGUUGCAUCAUUCUCAAUGUGUUGUUCCUGACGCUUACAGAAGCUGGCUGGUUCAUUCUUCUCGCACUAGUUAUUUCUACCCCUGCUGUACUUGGGUAUUUGCAGAACUGCUGCCAGGAGCAGCUCAGUGAGCAAGCCCUCGCAAGGCAGAAAAAUCACAGUGUCCGAAGAGAGGAUCUUCAGAAGGUUAAAAUCAGCAGACAGGAAGCUCUGGUUGAAAUCAAAGCUUUUUUAAUUCACCUAGAUGAGAUGGUGAACAAGACCUGUAGCAGCUGCGAGGCUGCAUACCGAGUCCUAUACUGGGAAGACCAUUCGCUAUCUGUUCUGUUUUAUGGGAGUCUGUUGGGAACGCUCUCCAUCGUUUAUUUCCUCCCACUCUGCUGGGUCAUGGUUCUUCUGAACAGUUUGUUAUUUCUGGGAAAUGCAGAUUUCUAUAGGGUUAUUAUCGAUUACAAAGUAGCGUUACUACAGAAUUAUAGUUCCGAUGCUGGUAUUGGAGGGGAAGUGGUUACAAUGCCUGAGUCAGAAGGUGGUUUAAACCAGGAUGUGACUCCAACUGGAAGUACUCCAGAGGAAGUAACUGUAGGAACCUUGGAGGAGCCAGAGGAACCGGAAGCAGAAGAUGAAUUUAAAGAUGCAAUAGAGGAGGAUGAUGAUGGUCCACAGUGCACUGGGGAUUAUGAUCUGACCAUGCAGGACAAUGGAUUUUUUAAUAAGAAUGAGCUCAUCAGGAGCAAAGUCUCCAAGUUGACUGAAAAACUGCGGAAACGUUAUCCGACCAAUAACUACGGAAAUUGUAACAGCUGCAGUGCCACGUUUUCAGUUCUGAAGAAACGACGUAACUGCAGCAACUGUGGCAACAGUUAUUGCUCGAGAUGCUGUUCAUACAAAGUUUCCAAAUCGUCAAUGGGAGCGACUGCCCCAGAUGCCCAACGGGAGAUGGUGUUUGUGUGUGCACAGUGCAACCUCAUUUUGAGCAAAUAGGACAAGGCAUCGACUCUAUUUCUCCCCCCCACCCCCCACCUUUUAAAUGUAAAUUUAAUUUUUAUGUUUUAACUAAAAUGUACUGUAUCAGAGAACUGGAGAAUGGGCAUGAACGGUAUGUACUAUGAACUCUUCUGUAUUAAGGGAUUAGGGCUGCAGUCUGACCAUGAGAGCAAAACUGUUUCUGGAAUCCAUGUUUGUUUGUCAUAUAAACUAAAAUAAUAUAUAAUAUAUACAUAUCCUCCCCUCUAAAUGCUGCUUUCUACUGUAUAUACCAUGUGAUUAAAUCUUUUCAAUUUUCUUUUUGUAUUGAGUGCAGUGUAGAACACAAUUUAAAGAGUUGGUAAAACUCUCCACCUCCCCUCAAACCAUGUUUCUUAAGAUUGUAUUUUAUGCUUUCCCUUUAGUUUGAUAUGUGUGAUGUAAGUCUGAUAUUUUCUCAAUAAAAGUGACACUGCAGAAAAAUA